AUGGAGACCGACUCUCUGAAUGGUGUUUCGCGCGUUCAGCAUCAUCCAGAGUUUUAUCUUCCAGGCGGUAACAUUACCUUUCUCGUUGAAAAUACAUUGUUUCGUGUCCACAGGUUCUUCUUCGAGCGUGAAUCUCAGGUUUUCAUCCGGAAACUUGCACAAGCUCCACAGGAUGGAACAUCUGAUGACAGCGCGUUUCGGGUCGAAGACGUAACUAGUGAUGACUUCGCGACACUCCUCUGGGUCUGGUACAGUCCGAUGUACAGACUAGACAGGAAAUUGUCAGACAAUUGGCUUGUCAUACUCGAGCUCUCCACGAGGUGGCAAUUUCUUGAGAUGAGGAAGCUAGCUGUCGAACAGCUCCAGAAUCUCAAGAUGGACCCCGUGGAAAAGAUCGCCAUUUAUAACAAGUACGAGAUUGAUAAAUCGCUGCUUUUGCCUGAGUACAAGCACCUUUGCACGCGGGAGGGUCAGAUGUCGAUUGAGGAGGGUGAGAAGGUCGGGCUACUCACUGUCCUCGCUAUACAUCAGGCUCGCGAGCAUGCAAUGAAGAGUGCAGCGGCAAAUGAGCGUCGUAGCCUGAACCAUGCUGAUGUUGAUGACGAGGAACUGGAACAGAUAGUGAAAGACGCCUUCGAUCUCAACCAAAAUCCCACUACCGGAUCACGACGUGACGCAGACAUUCAGGCGCCCACUAACUACCAGGGUGCUCAGGUACAGGGGCAAUCAAACGCAGCCCCUAUCAUUGACACUCCGCAGCCCGAUGCAAGCAGAACCACGGACAGGUCGGGGCCAGGUUCGGUAAGUCGGGUCUUCCACCAGAGAGAGGGUAUCAUUUAG